GAGGAGCACUUGAGGAGCUUUGGAGUAAAGGACGGACUGAAAGCCUCUUCUGUUUAACAGCUGAUUGGCUGCUGCUGCCGAGGAAUCCCUUCAAGAAUACCAGACUUGUGUCAAGAUGAACUUGUCGUACUUGGUAGCGUGUGGACUUAUGGUCACCCUGCUCUCAGUAAGGAUGGGGGCAAAACCUUUAUCUCAGGCGCAGCAGAAGUCUCUUAGGAAUUUGCUGGGCGAGGAGCUGGCGGAGUUUCUGGAGUCGGAGGAGAGUGAGAGGCAGCUGGACGCUGUGCGCUCUCGGAUACGGUUACUGAGAGAUUUACGCAUGGACACCCAGAGGGCCAGAGGGAUGUGGGCUCGUCUCCUCAACGACCAGCCCGCACCAAGGAGACACAAAUCCGGGACGAAGAAAGGAGGCUCCACGUCGAGGAGCGGCUGCUUCGGACACAAGAUGGACAGGAUAGGAACCAUCAGUGGCAUGGGAUGCUAAGGGCUGGAGCAGUGAUUCUGUGAUGAUCUCUGGACGAUGGGUUUGAUAACAAAGAUUCAGUUUGUUCUCACCUGAGGGAGAAAAAAAAAAGAAAAACUCACCAAGUGACAGAUUUUCGGUACGAAAGUCAACCCGACCAGCAUAAACAAAGACUGAGAUGACAAUGCUACAAAACCCUCAUAUAAAUAUAUAUAUAUAAUAAAUAUGCAGGUAUAUAUACAUAUAUACAUAUGUGUAUACCGUACAAAAAUGGUCAACAGACGCAUACUACAAGAUGGCGGACAACGGUGUAAAAACUACAAACCGCAAAGCUGUAUAUUGUUGCUGCUGCUGCUGCUGUACAUUCAUGUACUUCAUCUUCCCCCUGCAUAAAUGUAUUUAUGUUUAAAAAACUAUUUAUAUGUUUAUAAAAAGAGAUAUUUAUAAA